AUGGCAUUUCCCGCCACCGGGACUCAUUCGAGGGAAGAUGAUGAUCCGGCGGGCACAGCCGACCCUGUCCCCCCUGCCGACGCGCAGCAGCAGCAGCAGCAGCAGCAACUACCGAUACAGCUGAAACAGGGGAUCCACAAUGAUCAAAGAAAGGAUACAGAGGAGAUAAUCGAUACUGAACAACAUUCAUCAAGGCCAGCACCACUACAGUCCCUCGACGACAGUCCUCCGCGGCAGCAGCAACAGCCGCACGACCAACACCGCAAAGAAUCAGAGCAGUCACCGCAGCUACAACAGCCAGUGCUGCCGAUAUAUCCACUUCUCGGCCCCUCCGGGCUGUCUCAGCUUCAGUCUCCGAUUCAGGAAUUUCAUAUGCAGCAGGCCUUGUUGGAGAGGCAGCGCCAGAUGCGUCUAGCUCUCGCGGAGAAACAGCAGCAGGCAUUAAAAGUGCGGCGGCAGGCGCGAAAGCUGUCAGGACGAUCACCGCAGCCACAGCGGCCGGUACAACAUAAGUUCGGUCCAUGUGUGCCUCCACCGGUUCAAGACCCAGCCCUGGAGCAGGUUUUGCAUGAAGAACUGCGCCUAGUAAUGCUAGCCCGACAAGCGGAGCAUCUGCAGCAGAAUCAGCCCCAACAGCCCCAACAGCCCCAACAGCCCCAGUCGCAAUGGCAGCCGAAACAAGGACCGCCCCGACCACGAUCCUUGGAAGAGUUGCAGGCAUUUCAGACCCAGCUCUUGGCACUGGAGCCGGACGAGCGUAGGCGGGCGAUUGAGCGUCGAAUGAUCGAGCGGAAGGCACAACGACAGGAGCAGCAACAGGCAGAACAAGAGAAGCAACAGGCAGAACAACAACAACAGCAGCAGCAGCCGCAGCCGCAGCCGCAGCCGCAGCCGCAGCCGCAGCCGCAAUCGCAUCCGCAAGGACCACCUCAACCACAAUCCUCGAAAGAGCUGCGUGCGUUUCAGACCCAGCUUAUGGCACUGGAGGCGGAGAAUCGUCGGCGGUUGACGGAGCGUCGACUGGCCGAGAGACAGGCACAACAACAGCAAGAUCAACACCAAGAAGAAUCAGAGCAAUCACCGCAGCCACAACAGCCAGUACAACAGAUACAUCCACUGCACGGCCCCUGCGGGAUGUCGCAACUCCAGUCUCAGCUUCAGGACUUUCGGCUGCAGCAGGUCUUGCUGGAGAGGCAGCGCCAGAUGAUUCUAGCUCGAUUAGCGGAGCAGCAGCAGCAGGAGCAAGGACAGCACGGGGCCCCCAAUGUCUCCGGCAGUCCUGCGGUCAAAGAGGACACGAUCGGCGAUAUGCCCCACCCCAAGGUCCCUGUCCAUGUCCUCCAGGAUUACCAACUUGGGCUCACACUGCACCACCGGCGCGUGCAGCUGCAGAGCGCCUACCGGCAGGAGUCUAUGGAGGACAGCUACGCGAAACUGCUUCUGUGGGGUCUCAAACGGUCAUCGCCGCGCACGGAAGACGAGGCGGAGAUAUUGACGGACCUGAAGCGACUGCUGGAAGCCGGGCUGGCGGCGAUUCAUGGCGCCAUGCAGGAGCCGCCGACCGUCGAGCUUACCGACGAAGACCGACAGCUGGAUCUCCAGUUGAUCCAGCUGAAUCGACUGCGGUACGCGGUGAGAGACCAGCACAUCGCUGAGGGCCUGGUCGAGCCUGACGAGGGCAUGAGGAGGACGAUGAACACAAGGUUAAGCUCCAAGGAAGGAUCUGAGGAUCUGAGGUUGCACUUGGACCGUCGGCUCGCCUGA